AACAUGCAAACAUGCUAGCCCUUUUUUAGCUAAGAAUGACGAAACAUAACAUCUGUUUCAUUUCAAACGAUUUAAUUGUCAAUUAGAUAAAUAUAUCAAUCAUGAUAUUAAAUGACAGUUAGUUUAUCGUUUAUCUAUACCACGAUAGGACAACUGCUUUCAAUUUACUUUUAUAUCUUUGCAGAUUCACUACUUAAAGAAAAAAAUUCGAUUUUCGUUCUUGUAGAAAUGGUGUUUGAAGGAAAUACUUGGAUAAACUAUUUUAUAUAUUCUGUCUUUGCUCUUGUUGCUUUGUUGGGAAAUGCUUUGGUCAUUUAUGUUCUUCUUGUUAGACAAAGAAAAUUUCUUCGUAAACCUUACACUAUAUUCAUCUUAAAUCUUGCCAUUGUUGAUUGCAUAACAGGAGUUUUUCUUAUUUUCAGUCGUUUUCUUUACCUACCUCCAACUCCGACCUAUUCUUUGGCAGCUGCACAAAUCUACUGUCGUACGAUCUGGUCGGCUUGGGUUCCAUUUAACCUUGGGUAUAUUUCAAUAUACACCUGUCUUGCUUUGACUGUUGAACGUUGGUUGGCUGUUGUUAAACCAAUUGCAUAUAAAAGUGUUAAAAUGAAACAUACUCUGUAUUCUGUGUUGUUAGUAUGGUUCUUUGGUCCUGCUGUCAAUGUCACUACACUGUUUCGCGCCGAAUUUGCCAACUCAUCUUGCAGAUGGACCAAAAUUUCUGUAGCCAAUGAUGUACUUGCUUUGAUGGACUUCACACUCCAGUCUCUCUUACCGUUCAGUGUCAUAAUCGUGCUAUAUUCUCAUAUAUAUUUUUUGAUCAAGCAUGGACGACGUCUCGUCACCAAUAAGGAUGUUCAAUUAAAAAGAAUAACAAUCGUUGCAGUUCUCGCUUGUUCAGCUCUCAUUCUUGGUUGGUUUCCUGGAAGAAUAACGUUUAUGUUGACCAAAUUUGGUCAUCUUGAUGCGAAUGGUAAAAUUAACAUAACCUGCGUCAUGAUAACAUUUUUAAACUCGUGCGUCAACCCAUUUCUUUAUGGCAUUUACAGCCCGGCAUUUCGCAAGGAGUACAAAAAUUUCAUUCGUAAAGCAAUUACAAGCUGUUAUAAAACUGAUAACGACAAUGCCAGCUCUCUUCCUAAAUAUGCUGAUGUUUGUCCAUGUUUCUCUGUUCCUAAAGUACAUUCAGUUGUUUCAAAUGUAAACAUACGAAGGGAGAAGGGCUUUAUUUGAGUCAAAACCAGGCGUGUACAACUCCAAACCACUGCCUUUAUUUCUUUCAUCUCACAAUCCUUGACUUUGGGCUUGUGACCGCU